AUGCUUUCUGUCACUUUACAGGAUAUUCCUUCGUUAGCUGUUGAAGCUGCAAAAGAACACCCUGAUGUGUCAUAUAUCGUUACUGCAAAAGAAUUGUGCCUUGAUAAAGCCGCUGUAGUGUCAGAUGCUGAGAGCAAAAGUGAGGAAUUGUCCAAUCCAUGGAGGCUUUGCACUGUAACACAGGUGGAAGAAUUGAAGAUUGUGAUCUGCAUGUUUCCAAUCUGGGCUACUGGAAUUGUCUUUUCUGCUGUUUAUGCCCAGAUGUGUACAAUGUUUGUGGAGCAAGGAAUGAUGAUGGACACAAGCAUUGGUUCUUUCACCAUUCCCGCAGCCUCUCUCUCAUCCUUUGAUGUCAUCAGUUUUAUUUUUUGGGUCCCCAUGUAUGAUAGGGUAAUUAUUCCAAUUGCAAGGAAAUUUUUUGCCAAGGAGCGAGAUUGUAUGACAAGGUUUAUAUUAUGA